AUGUCCCGAGGGAAAGAACUCACUCCCCAAUUAUGCUCCCGCAUAUGUGAACUCCGUUCAAUCGGCUGGGGCGCCAAGCGAAUACACAGAAAACACCCAGAAAUCCCCGUCGGCACUACCAGAACAACCAUAUCCCGCGAACACCUACACGACAAUAAAGGGACGAUACCGCGAUCUGGCAGACUGCAGAAGCUGACCGAGGAAUACUGCAACCGGUUAUUGGAGGCUUUGACUAGUAAUCCAGAAGCCACGAAUAAGGAGUUGCUUGAGACCAUAGAGUAUGCGGUACAGAAACGGACUUUACAGCGUGUGAUUCAGGAAUUGAAGGCUGAGAAGAAAAAGGAGCAGGAGGAGUUGCAGAAUCAACCAGUUGAGUUGAGUCGAUUACUUCUACAUCUAUAUCUACAUCUACAAGCGAGUCAGCGUCUACAAAUUCGACUCCUACCGAUGAUCUAA